CGGAUUACCAGUAUUGGCGCAACUUCCUAGCAUCGAGAUCCUCAUCUGCUGCCCUGUUUACUCUUCUCUUUUGACUUGAGGGAGCAAGCAAACUGGCAGUGGAAAGGUUUUGUGUGCCUUCCUUCGUAGAUUGUCAAAGGUAGUGCGGUGCCGCUGCCUGCAUAAAGUAUUCUGACGCCCCUCGUAUGAGCACAUAUUAACGGUUUUGUCAGGAGAAAGUUCAUGUGGUUUGGGUUGAAUUCAAAAGGCGUUUUGGUCUGCCAAGAUGGGGUCAGCGGGAUUGGCGCUGAGUGCUGACCUCAGGGUGCUGCCUGUUGGCCCACAACCGCCAACAAGUCUUCCUCAGCAUGUCAAAGCAACAGUCCCGUUGUGCAGAUUGAGUGCAAAGGGGCAUGGCCCUCAAUUGCUGACCUGCAGACUGGGGGUCCAAUUAGCAAGACGAGCAGGCUCAGUGCUAAGUUGUAGAGAAAGCACAAGACUGAGCCGGGGGCCCCUUUUGCCAAACUCUUUGGGAAGCUUCUCGUCAAGCAUGGCAGGGCGACAGCUGAGUGGUCCCAUAGCAGGAGUCUUAAGGAGCAAGGCCAGGCACAGGGGCUGUGUUGCCGCAGCACCGGCAAACAUAGUGCAAGGAGCAAACAUCGUGAAGCCUGCCAUUGCUGUUGCUGGGACUGUUCUUGUCAGGAUCCCCCCUCCUAUCUUGAUUCCGUCAUGCAUUGCGGUGAUUGUCUAUGCUCUUAUGGGGCUGGAAGGGCUUGUGCGGUGGACGCGCAACCGCUGCAAGAAGUUGCUCAACCAGCCAGAAGAAGUGCCGGGAGAAGACAACUGGUCUAGCAGCCGCGUCCGGAAGUAUGUGCUGCCCUACAUCAAGCCUGUGGUCAUCUGGGCCGCUAUCUUUGUUCUCUGCGGUGCCCUGGACCGGCUUCCAACCCCUAACCUCCUGAACAAAGUCAAGUUGAAGGCGGUCAAUGUGGUUCGCGUGUUUGCCUCCGUAUUCAGCGUCACUUACUGCAUCACUGUAUUGAUCCAGCACAUGCAAGCGGUGGUUUACAAGCCUGUGGGGGCCAAUGAGCAAGUUGGCAAGGAGCUCGUGAUGCAAACCAUCGAGGCAGCCAUCUGGUUCCUGGGCUUUGCGCUUGGGAUGGAGCUUCUGGGAGUGGCCUCAAAUAGCUUCAUCACUGCCGGAGGUAUUGGGACGCUGGUCUUCACCUUUGCGGGCAAGGAGAUCGUUGGGAACGCUCUGUCCGGGAUGACCAUCCAAGCCACAAAGCCGUUCACCGUGGGGGACUGGAUCUCGAUCAUGGUCAACGGCCAGUUCGUGGAGGGACACGUAGAGAACAUGGGUUGGUGGCAGCUGACGCUCAAAACGUUUGAGCGGGAGAGCUCGCGCAUCGCCAACCAGCAGGUCAUCAACAGCGUCAUCACCAACGUGACGGCCAAGACGCACUGGCGCUUCAAGUCGUACAUCCAUCUGUACUUAUUCACACCGGAGGAGCAAGUGCAGAAAAUCGUGAUGGACAUCCGGAAGCUGCUGGCGGAGCAUCCCAAGAUCGAGCACCGGACACUGCAUCGGCGCGUCUUCUACGACGGGCACAACAUCAGUGUCCCUUCCAAGGACGUUCUCGUCUCGUGCUACUUCCAGACGCGCUGGCAAGAGGAGUACUCCAAGCUCAAGGAGGAGCUCAUGUACGAGAUAGAACGCAUCAUCAGCCGGCAUGGCUCCCGCUACGCAACCCCAAUCCGAACCCACGACUACACGGCCGGCAGUACGCCACCCUCCAUGAGUACCUCACCUUACGACUCCCCAACUCAGCGGCUCUUUCUCGCCGAGAUGACCGUCUACAAGAAUCCCUCACAAGACGCUUCCAAGCUGGGCGUGGUCGACGUAACGGCCAGUGCCGCAACCACAGUGGACAUUACGACGGCAGCCGUGGUGGACGUGGAGGCUGAGGUUCGCCGCGUAGCCGCGCCGAAAAAGCAAGCUGACGUCAGCACGGUGGUUCAGAACGGCGCUGAGAUCAACAAGGAUGAGCCCGCACCUGAGGUCGGCCAGAACGGCGCGGUGCCGAAGGUGGCGGCUGGCGCCAGUAACGAGCACCCGGUAACGAAAGCUGGUGAAGUCAGCAAUAGCGACGUAUCCUCCAACGGGGUUGCUGACGUUACCAAGGAGGGGGCGUCAAUGGGAGCUCAGGCGGAGGCCGCAGUCGAUCGGGAGAAGGCUAGCAUGGGGAGUGGUAGGAGGUCAGAGGCUGAUUCGGAAACUGGGUCUAAUACUUCGGACGGAGCAGAGAACGGCGCCUUGGAAAAGGAGCUGGCAGACUAUUUGAGGCGGACCAGUAGCCCAGGGAGGACGAGGGGUGGGGGCGACGUCGACACCGCUACGAGAGGCCACUUGCACUUCUCUGAUGCGGAGGCCAAAGUGCGGGGUAUGGUGAACCAGCCUCCGGUUACCGGCUUAACCCUGUCGUCCCUCCAGUACAGUACGCCCGAAGAAGCUGCCGCAGCAGCCGCUGCGUUUUCGGCACAGGCGGCAGAAGCGGCUGCGGUCGCAAGAGAGCUGCUGAACCGGCUACAGUGGGGUGAAGCUGCGGGCGACUUCGACCCCCCGGAAGAGUCGACCAGCUAUUCUGGGACGAGGCCCUCAGAAAGGGGGCAUGCGCGGUGGCCCAAAGUCACCCCCCUCGACGUUGAUUCCGGCUCGGGGGGAAAGAGGAGCCAGCGGAUGGAGCCCUUGGGGCCGCGGACAAGCGAUCGACCAGAGGCGAGUUCGUCCCCGAAUGGGAUAUUGGAGCCGAACAGGGAGGUCGAGACCAUGAGCGACGUGCCAUACCGGGGUAUCAAGGAGGCGUCCUCGCCAGGGAGGGAGUGGGCCAAGCAGUACUUUGCUGGCGACCGGCAGGCCGCCCGAGGCUUUACGGCCGUCUCCGAGUUUGAGCACCUGCAGGAUACAGACGAGGAAGACUUGCGGGUGUCCGAAGCGGACGCUGUCGACGACCUGCGUCCGAUGUCCGAGGAAGAAGCGUCGGGCUGGAGGCAAGCCGACUCGGGUGCCGCCACCACUUCCGGGAGCAGUGGUGCGUUCCACGAAGGCGCGAGGGUUGACGGAGGGGAGAGCGUUCGGAAGGGCCCUGUUGGCGGCCGGGGCGACGCUUCGGCAGCCCAGCCGCAGUCAAGAACGGACUCCGGGACAGGGCCCCCGAAGGAAAAACUAGAGGGGUUGGAGACGAUGGGGCUGAGCCGGAGUGAUAUCACACUUUUGGGGAUCGCAAUUGACAAGACAGGGCGGCAGUCCGCGGUCCUGGACAGCGCGUUUGACCCAUCAGUCUCGCCAACACAGCUGGCGCAGCGGAGUCCCGGGGGGACGAAAGGGCAGGGCGGGAGCCCCAUUGAGAGUGGAAAUGGCAAGCAGGGGGGAAUUCCGUCUGAGGACUUGGGCCAGGAGAAAGGGGAGAAAGAGCCGGCGCCUGUUUUGGUCGGAAAGGAAGGGGCCCUGCCGUCUGGAGCCAACGCAAUCCCACCAGUGACCGAGCAAAUGGGAUAGGACUGCGAGGCUUUGUAACUUGAGGGUAGGCAAGUUGGGGUCGUAAGAUACUAAUUGUAUAGUCAGUAAUUGUUCGACAUUCUUUCAGUCAAUUCAUGUCCUGCUUUCGUGUUUGAAGCUGGAGAGCGAAAAAAGUUCUGAGAUGUCCAGCAAUGUAUACAUCCUUCUCGCUGAAGAGGUGCGCCGGUUCGAUGGUGAGGUCAGGUGCAACGGAGAGACUCGAUCACACGUGACAAAGCAGGGAAGUUGGUUUAGUUUUCGAAGGCAUACAAAUGUCACCAAUAGUAUGUGGCAGUUCAUGCACAGCUUUGUAUUUUAGCACGAGGGGUGGGCUUCACUUUGUUUCUCCAUUUGGACUUCUGGUCGCAUGAUCUUGCUUGGUAACUAGUAUAGAAACAUUUUUGAUGAAUCCCGAACUCCGAAAUUGCUUGUUUCUGCGCCAUGGGCCCAAGUGCCUAAGCUUCUAUAAAAAGAAGUGACCAUCGC